UUUGUCUCGGUUUAUUUUAUUUUAUUUUAUUUUUCUAAUAUUCUCCUUCAUCACCCGUCGUAAAUGAUAAUAACGCGAGAGGGCUUUUGACAGCAGCAGCUAAUGGCCAACAAAAGCUGUACCUAGGUGUGCGGAUAUCGUCGUUGGGUAUCGCGGAUCACGUCCCUCGAAGGCGUACGUUUACCGACGCAGCCGCCGCCGCUGCAUUUAGGUAUCGACCAAUUCCCUUUAACGCCACCGCCGCAUCGCAACGGGCCAUCGCGGAAAAAGCAUUUUUGCUCGCACCUAUAACACGGCCACGGACUGCGUAAUCGAUAAGUCUCAAUCACCGAAUCUGGCGGGUCUGAUUGAAUUAUGAACGAUCGGAUCAGUUUCAUCAGCCGCCGUCACCAUUGAUUUCAGCAAUUUUGUAAGUGUUAGAACAGCAUGUUCUUACCGUUCAUCUGCCUAUGCCACAUUGACAAAGCGGCAAAAUAAAUCUGAAGUUUCGGAAAUGGCCAAAAAAAAUGAUGCGUCACGUUGGAUUAAUGUUUCUGUUGUGGGACUUUCGGGUACAGAAAAAGAUAAGGGUGCAGUUGGCAUAGGCAAAUCAUGUUUGUGUAAUAGAUUUAUGAGAUUUUUCGCCGACGACUACAAUGUAGAUCACAUUUCAGUAUUAAGUCAGUCUGAUUUCAGUGGCCGUGUUGUAAAUAAUGAUCAUUUUUUAUACUGGGGAGAUGUUACAAAAACAUCUGAAGAAGGCAUUGACUUUACAUUCCAAGUCAUUGAACAAACUGAAUUCAUUGACGAUUCUUCUUUUCAACCGUUCAAAGGAGGAAAAAUGGAACCAUACGUCAAGCGAUGUACUGCAACAAAAAUCACGUCCGCAGAAAAGUUAAUGUACAUAUGUAAAAAUCAAUUGGGUAUUGAAAAAGAAUACGAGCAGAAAGUUUUACCUGAUGGUAAAUUUAAUGUUGAUGGUUUUUUAUGUGUGUUCGAUGUCAGUGUAGUACCUAGUCGUAGUUUAGAAAAACAAUUGGAAGCUGUUAAUAAUAUAUUGUUAAAUGUGAUGAAAACUAAAAAACCUGUGGUUUUGGUAACCACAAAAAACGACGAAUUCAAUGAAGCAUACGUGAGAGAAGUUGAAAAACUUGUUGCUCGUAAAGAGUUCAAAGGAGCUAUACCGUUAAUAGAAACUUCAGCACAUCAGAAUAUCAACGUAGACACUGCAUUUAUAGCUCUUGCACAUCUUAUUGAUCGAUUUAAAGGUCGGACAAAAAUUGUACCAUACCUUGAAUCGGUACGCAUGCGAAAAGAACAAUUGGAUUGUACCACCGACGCAUAUCAGACAUUGAUUCAUUCGCAAGUGACAGAUUACCGUUCUUUAUGGAGUCAAACUUCAAAAAAAUUAUCAAAAUAUGAUGAAUUCAGACGAUAUAAAGAAAUUUUCGGAACAGAUAAGGCUCAAAGACUUUUCCGGAGACAUGUUAAAAUGUUAAAAGACGAACAGCUCUCAAAAAGAGUGCAAAAUUAUAUGGAAAUGUUGCCUGACAUAUUGCAAGAACUAGUGCCGGAAAUUUCUACGUUAAAAGACGGUGAUUGGCCUACAGUACAAAAACACAUCAAAGAACAUCCAGAUUUUAAUCACUAUUUUUACAAAUGUCCAGACGAUAUUCCAUGGACAGAAUGUGAAUUAGAAAUGCAAGAAGAAGGGGCUGUUAGAGACGAUAGAAGAAUUCCCUGUGAUGUUUUAGAAACUGGUGAAGCUGAAUCAGUUUUUAAAAAUCAUGCUAAUCACUUACAUUUGGAAAAAAAUCGACAAGAAUGGAAAAAACAAUUUAAACAAUUAUUACAAGAAGCUGGUUACGUUACACCAGGAAAACCAAUAUCUGAAGUGAGAGUACUAUUUAUGGGUCGUGAGUGUUUUGAAGAGUUGUCACACGACGACUGCCAAUAUAUUUAUGAUAAACACCAAAAAAGUAUUAUCGAAAAAGCCAAACACAAUUUCCAGGAAUUAUUACUGGAACAUGCCGAUCUUUUUUACCAUUUCAAAAGCAUUGCACCUACCGGGACCAUUACUCAAGAUGACAUUAAGGAAAUUACCGACGCUUUAAAAGAAGAUUCUAGGUACAAAGCAUUAGAUAGACUUGACCAGGAUAGAAAGUUAAUGCUUUUCCAGCAUUUGGGUUUUGUACAUUGUCCGAUACGAGAACAUUGCCCCGCAUUUCCACAUUGUAUGGACUCGCUUAUUGAAAAGCUAUUGAGCGACAGAGUUCAAAGGCCUAUUUCUGGAAAAAAUAAACAGUGGACUAUUAAAUCUGACAAUAACUUAAAUUUAGUGAUAUUAGGUGCUAAUGGUUUAGCAGAAGAAUUUUCUACAAAGUUAAAGUCACAGUGUGAUAACGAAGUGUAUGAAUUAGAUAGCCAAGUAUAUAGACUGAAGUAUCGUGUAAUCAACGGUGAUAUAAACAUGUCACAAAAUUCAUUCCAGACAACUGAUUUCAAGCCCAAUGGUUGUAUUUGUGUGUACUCAAACUCUGAAUCUUUCGAGUACAUUAGAGAUAGUCUAGAGAAAACAUUGUUAUCGAAUUUGGAACAAGACGACAAAUUACCUUUUCAAGGCCUGCCAAUGAUAUUGUUGUACAUAAGUGAAUCAGUUGCUAGACAGCAAGAUCUAACACUUCAAGAAGAGGGACAAAGUUUAGCUGAUAGCUUACAAUGUCCAUUUAUUGAAAUGCCCAUGGAAGAUGGAGAUCCAUCAAUAUUUAACGCAGAAUUAAUUUCGAACGCAAUGAAGUUACUUGUACAAAGUAUUUCACAUAGAAUUGGAUUCAUGAAUGAAUAUCAAACUAUUAUGGACCCAUCUGAUCCUGACAUACGGAUAAUUAUGUGUAUGUUUUGCGGUGAUUCAUACUCUAUAGACAACAUACUAACACCGUUGUUGAAUCAUCCGUGUUGUUAUCUGAGCGGUGAUCGAAGCAUUAUUAUCGAAACUUUCCUCGGAGCAUCUAAGCGUAAAGUUGAAAUAAUCGUAUCGUCAUAUCAUGGUGCAAAUGCGUUCCGUGAAGAAUUAGUUCAUGGGUUCAUUCUUACAUACUAUGCUAAGCGUAAAGCAUCAUUGGCUACGUUGCAAGGGUUUUCAUUUAGCUCAUUUUCCAACAACACACCAAAUUUACCUAUUCAAAUAAUGGCCAUCACAGAACCGGCAGUUGGAACUAAUUCAUUCCAUAAUAAUGAUCCGAGUCAGCAAUUAUUGAACGAAGGAAGUUCAAUAGCUGAUCAACUUAAAGCGCAAUUUAUAACACUUAUUAAUUCCUUGAAACAUAAAAGUUCAUUUUAUACUCCAUUCUUCAAAGACGUAUGGGAGAAGAAAUCAGAAAUUGAACAAGCUUUCCAUAUGGAGGAACCGGCAGUUUAUAAAAAAUAUAAACCUUCAUUAAAAAUGAACCUUUCACCACUUGACGGAAGUAGUAACAAUUUGUAUGGACGAUUCCCUUCUGGAAUGACUCGUGAUGAUGAAAGCUGUUCGCUAACACAUUCCCGCGAAAACUUAAUAAGUCCAAGUGAUGAUAGCGAUACAUUUUCACCAGUAGACAACGUGCUUCAUCAUCCCAAUAAUAAUAAUAAUAUGGAUAAACAGCAAGGUGGUGGUCUUGCAGGCUUUCAGGUGUUUCCUCAACCUACAACCCCACCUGAACCAGCUCCGCCUGACCAUGCUGGACCUCUCGGUAUCAACAACAAUUCGCAGAUGAUUGCAUCAAACUCCAGUCUUGACGAAAUCACAUCUGAUAUAAGUGGAUCAAGAGAGUCAUUGGCCACACAUGACUCAGGAUGGGUAGACGAUUCUGUAUUUAUGCAGCACAGUCAAAAUGAAAAACUUUGGGCCAAUAAUUAUUCCAAACACGCAUUCACAACCGGACGACAUCAUAUGUCAAAGUCUCGUUACAAAAAUAGUAAUCAUACGAUGAAGGUACAACCUGGCAAACUUAACAUGAAGGAUUACACACUCGUCACAGAUGCUAUCUCUCGAAUUAAUCUCGGUAAAGACCAAUACAGUAGACAUUACAAUAGCAGUGGUUCUUCUUAUAGCUGUGCUCCACUGGCUACACCUGAAGCUGUAGACUUGGGUUCAGAAUAUGCUCAGGUAAAAGAUGCAGUACCGGGCCAUUAUCCGUAUGAAGGUGAUUAUUCUUAUACACUAGUACAAGAUAGUCUGUCAGGGUCAAGUAAACACAAAAUGAGGCACCGAAGAGAAAAAGGAAGGCCCAGUAUGAAUUAUUCAGACUCGGACAGCGAUUGGAGUUCAAUGGAAAGACGCGGAGGGGAACCGUUAUAUAAUUCUUCUAAUGAUACAUUUUCAAAAUUGUCAUCUCGCAAGGCUGUGACUCAAAAACGUCCUAAGAAAAAGAGAAUUGCCAUUCCUGUUGCUACGCCUAAAGUGCCGUCAUUUAAUCCACCGUCCAAUGGAUCGAAUAUGGGUUUUAAUUCUUUGUCGUCGACACUAAAUUCCUUUUACUCUGAAGAAAACUGUGAAAUUAAAACCAAUAAUAUUUCAUCAUCUCAAUUAAUGGUAGCGAAUUCUGAUUCGUCCAGUGAUAACUCGGAUGACAAGAAUACUAUGUGGGUGCAUCCUUCUGUAAGACAAAUGGAAAAACGAUCUCAAAGAUAUAAAGCAAAACAAAUGUGUGCGCCGCCUCCUCCAGUCAUACCGCCCGGUGCUAUUAUUAAUUCUAUGUCCCCUCACGUUCAAGACAUGGGUUAUAAUUUUGAUGAAGAAUCCAAUUUAGAUGUUUCUUUGCCUAGAUACUUGAACUCUCCAUCGACGUUAACUGGUUAUAGAGGUAAAGACGAUGACAAGUCAUUCAGAAGGAGAGAAAAACAGAGGGUCAAAGAAGAAGUGAAAAUGGAAAAACGACGCAUAAAAGAAGAAAAGCUGAGAAAAAUUGCCGAAGACAGAGAGAAGAAAAAGAAAAAUAAAACCAAAAUAGUUGGUGGAUCACCUAUGGCACACCACCCGACACUAGAAAACUUUGUCCAGUCUGAUAAUAAUGCUGUUCCGUUGUUAUUAGAAAAAUGUGUUAAAUUUAUUGAAGCUGAGGGUUUGGAAUCUGAAGGUUUGUACAGGGUUCCGGGAAAUCGAUCUCAUGUUGAACUUCUCUUCCAGAAAUUCGAUGAAGACAACAAUAUCAAUAUUACUGAACUCGAUAUACCAGUUAAUGCUGUAGCUACUGCAUUGAAAGAUUUCUUCUCCAAAAAAUUGCCUCCUUUAUUCACGGAUGAUUUAAUGGACGAAUUAGAAGAUUUAUCGGAUUUUUUUGUUUCAGUCAAAGCUGAUAGAAGCUGCAGGUUGAUGGCGCUUCGAAACUUACUGAAAAAAUUGCCAAUUGUUAAUUUUGAAGUACUCAAAUUUAUAUUCCGGCACUUUGUCAGGGUGGCUGAAAAUUGCAAAGCGAACAGCAUGGAUUCCAAAAACAUUGCUAUAUGCUGGUGGCCUACUUUGUUACCGAUUGAAUUCAACGACAUGGGCCGAUUCGAGCAGCUUAGACCACAUUUAGAGGAUACGGUACAGACCAUGAUUGACCAAUAUCCGUUUUUGUUUUGCGGUAAAGAUGCGUUUGUGAUGGUUUGAUUAGGAAAAAUUGCUGUUUUGACCAUUUGCAUACUGUUUAGGCGAGGGAAUAUAAUACGAAUGUAUUAUUGCACCCUAUCAAUUUUAAUGUAUAGGCAUUUUUGAGCAUCCGAUUUUUUGUACUCGUACAUAACUAUUUAUAAGUUUAGCCAAAGAUAAAAAGUAUUCGUGUUGUUUUUGUUUUUUCUUUUAAUAUAUAUAUAUAUAUAUAU